AUGUUUCGAUCACAAUCGGCUGAUCCACAUCAUGCUCGAAUACAUACAGGUCACGGUAAUAGAAAUAUGAAAAUAAAAGAUCUGGGUGCAGUGAAUGGAACUUUUGUCAAUAAUGUUCGAAUUGAAUCUCAAAGUGAAAUUGAUCUCAAGCAUAACGAUAAAAUAUCGUUUGGCUCAGAUCCUUUGAUUUUAACUGUUAAACAAGGCAUCAAUGAUUACAGUUUAAACGAGAAGUCAGUUCAAUCAGACGUGUUACAUUCCCCGUUUGAAUUAGAUGCUCCGUUAUAUGAACAAUCAACAAUGACAGAACAGCGACAAUCAAAUAGUUUUCUUAUCGAUCGAAUGUCAAAUGAUGAAAAUCAUGAUAAUAAUCAUGAUAAUAAUAACACUAAUUCAACGUCGUACACCACUGUCACAAGUAAUUCACAACCAUUGAUCGAUUCUAAUGAAGAUGCAUCGAGUGAUGCCGGUACUUAUAUUAUCGAUAUUGAACAUCGUGAUUUGGAUGUUGAAGAUAACGAUGAUGAUGAAGAAACGGAACCUCAACAGCAGGAACUAGAACAGGAGCCUGAAAGUCCAUUAUCAUUUAAACGUUAUACAUCGAAUAAACGACAUGGAACAUAUAAUAUACAUGCUGCCUCUCCACCAUCUCCAGAAAAAAAUCCACCGAUAUUACCUGCAAUGUCAACAAUUUAUGCACGACCUGUUGUUGGACCUGAUCACAACACUACAGAAUUACCAUCUUCUACUUCACCUUUAUCAAAAAUACGUCUCGAACCAGAAGGUGAUGAUCAACCAACAGUACAAGAAUCGACUACUCAACGUGCUGUGGUCUAUGCUCGGCGAAGGCCACAAACAUUGACCACAGAUCUGAACAGUAGUACUGAAAAUGUUAAAAAUAAUGAUAGUUCUUCCAUAACUACUCAAACGAUAAAACCUGCCGAGUCUUUUGUUAUAUCUCCCACAAUCGAGAAAAAACCCUCGAACAAUUUUGGUGAAAAAAAUUUUAAUGUUACAAGAAAAAUGCAUCGAAUUUAUUCGGCUGGAGCAGCUGAUACUUUAAUGAAUUUCGAAGCUCCGAAAGCUGAACCAGCCGCUCUAUCGUCUUCAACGCUCACAAAUAUGAUUACCACAUAUCAAAAUGAAUUAGACAAUAUGUCGACCACAAAUAGUUCUUUUCCAUCAACGACAACAACGGCAACCGGUUUAUCAAUGACGAAGCAAGGUGAUACAGAGAAAGGUUUUACUAGUGUACAACGACUAACAAAAACAUCAUCGGCAGCAGAUGUUUCCAACGAUAGACUCCGAAUUCAAAGUGUUCGAUCUCCACCAGUAUCUAAAAAACCACUUUCAAAUACUGAUACGUCUUCAUCUUCGUCAAAAUUACUUGCUGCUGUUCCCAUUAGUAAUUCACCACGUUCGAAUAUAGCCAAUCAAGAAACAUUUCAACGUAAUAAUGCUAUAAGAAAAACAAUGCCUAAUCGGAGUUCAAAAAAUUCAACAAAGCCAUUUGAUAUUAUGUCUAGUUCAUUAAUUGGUGAAUUACCAUCAUCACAUACAUCAUCACGUUCAAAUUCAGUUGCUGAUGAUUUAGAAGCUCCUCCAUCGCUAUCAAAAGUAUCAAUGAAUAAAUCAUUUGCAUUAAGAAGGCAACGUUCAAAUCUAACUACUACAAAUAAAGUACAACAACAGCAACCACCAUCUACAGUAAAACCUGUUCAACGUCCGACAUUCACUAAAUCUCAGACACCUUCUAUUCAAAUUUGUAAACCAGCUGAUAGUAUACAUUUGGAUCAAUCCUCAAGUAUGAAUAGUCAAACAAAUCGAGCUGUUGAAUUACGCAAAGCUUCUGCUCGUGCAAAAAUGGAAGAAUUAUCACAUCGAACGAAACAACAACAACAACCACAAGAUCAAACAACAAUUAAUCAGCUAAUGACAACUUCAUUAUAUAGCGUUAAACCUAGUACAAGUUUAAAUAAGAAAAAUGAUGUCCGUUCAACUUAUCGUUCGGUAACAAAACGACCGCUUAGCAUACCAACACAUCGUUCAUCAUCAGCCAGUCCAAAAGCGUUGAGUCAUGAUUCAACAGCAACCAUAAAUAGAGCUUCGCAACAGCAGCAGCAACAACCGGCAAAAUCUCGCCUAUCAAAACUUCCGACAAAGUCAUCAUCAAUGGAUCAGCAAAACACUAGUAAAAUGAACACCGCAGCAAACGAAAAUGAACCAGAACGUUGUGAAACAUUACGUGACGACGGUCAACGGCUUGCAAUCAAACUAAUUCAGUUAUCAUCUGGAAUAUUGGAAAAGCUAAAAACGAACGAAGAUGCAACAAAUGAUGAUUCAAGUAUCAAGGAAUUAGAACAAUUGGUGGAUAAAUUACAAGUUGUGAAUAAAACAUUAAGCACUAUUGAUGCAUCAUUAUCAAUGUCAACAAAUAAUGAUUCGUUAUCUUUCUCAACAUCACCGUCUCACAUGGCAUCAAAACAAAACUAUCGAUCAUCAACAAAUUUUGAAUGA